AGCUGGCCAUCCCUAGCGAGGCGCCCUCGAUGCCGAAUCGAGCCAGUACUUGUCAUAUGACGGAACAUGGAUGGGUGCGACACCGAUGUGUGUGAGAUGCUCGCUAGGCUUGAGCCUUCAGCUGAUGCAACUGUAAUUGAUGCAUGAACCACUGGACAGCCCUGACCGCUGACCAGUAGCAUCCGCCUGGGGGCCAGAAUGAAGCGUCUAAACCGUGGACUUAUGAGUAUCACAUUUUCUCUGAAGCUUUUGAGCUGGACAUCCGAGCGGAUACGCAAAAACAGGCAACGCUCUUCAAGAUGCUCAAAAAGCUGUAAGGCUGGGUCUGGGCAAAUGCUGAACGAACUUGCUGUUCAAGUGAUGUCUCCACAGAUUUGGCUCCCCGGACAGAGCGACAGCAAGCCUGAUCCCCUGAAUACAGCCAGGAGGCGGAAUAUAGCAGCAGUUGGUUGCCAAAGCGCGCAAGAAGAAACACCCUAGUGCAAAUCGGGAAAUUGAACCUCUGACCUCGCCAUCGAGAAACAAACGUAAAUCUACACGCUUCUUCUGAGGAGGCGAAAGAUGGCAAUGCCGGGACAACAACGUCUGACUGUAAAUCUGGAGGUGCUGCAGCAGCUAAUGGGACGGCACGUGCACAGGCGAAGACCUGACUACACCUAGGGGUUCCUGACAUGCUGUGCCUAGAGAGCCCCUGACGAACUAAUAACACACGUCCCGCGCAGGGAUUGACUGAACGUUGUUGGUAUGUUGAACAAACCUUUACAUCAAAUUGCGGAGCGUGGGGAUUUCGUAACCACCCAAGUGACACGACUGUUGAUGAUACCCAUAUGGUCACAGCGCGAAUUGGUCAACGAUGCUGAAGAAAGCUCAAACGAAUUCGUCCUACAGAAAUCUCAAUGCGACCCGCUAUCUCGUGCACAUGAGCCGGCUGGCCAGGAACCAAGAGACACUUGAUCUUGCUGUGCGCCCGCAGAAUACUGAAGCGACGUACUAGACGACCUUGUCGAAAACAAAGCCAUCCUUGUCCGCGUAUCCCAGUCCCACCACGACCACGAUUAAACAUCGCAGUCAUUGUUCCCCAUCCGACAGGUAGGGGUCGAAAUAUGAUAUGAAAAGAAACACGCCUCCCGACCAACCUACCCUGCAUACCGCGGCUGCCCGAUCCCCAAGUCCUCCGAUGGGAUCGACUGUGCUUGGUGUGCUGGGAUGGCUGGGCUAGAUAGUUCGGCAGAGCUGGCCAGGCUGGCCUGGCUGGGUCCUGGCUGGGCACGCUGGCAAUGUCGGGCUUGGCCCUGCUUGGCUUUUUGGGUGGGUCCUGCCUGGCGUUGCUGCGCUUCGGAUCUUUAGCCAGAGCAUCGGGAUCGCCUUCUGGUUCCUCGCAUCUUGUGAUGUCUGCCUCUGCGAGGCUAGGUCGUAGUGUCCUCCCGAUGCGGCAGCCGUUCGUGUUAGGCGCGUGGUACUGCCAGAUCGUGGUAAUCGAGGCGCUCUGCGCGUUCAUCAACAUCUGCACCUUAUCGAUCACGGCAUGGUCCAGCGGCGCAAUGGGGCAUACUCAACUGACCCGUUGGCAUGACAAGCGCAGGGUGGAGGCUAGCAGACGUGUCAUCGAACCAUCUUCGGCUAUCUUAUGCGCUGCAGCCAAGGGAGAAACGCCCGUCGACGAUGAUGAGAACGCUCGAGGGGCGCCAACCGACAAGAAGAUAUCAAUGUUCAUGGCGCCGCUGACGUCGGAGAAGAUCCCUGCGGCCUCCGUCGACAGCAUCUCGGGUAGACAUCAAGAAGCCAAUGCCAGGAAUCAAAUCCGAGAAGUGUGCGACCGCCUGGCUGGCGACCGCGGUGCAACCCGCGCAGCUGGCGCGCAGACUGAAUCCACACCAGCGGGAGGCGACGAAUUGGACCCGACAACAGUCAACGUCUGCGUGGUGGGAAGACGCAUGCAGAUCAUACAUACAAACAUGACAAACACCAGCAGGGCACAGAAAAUCAAGCGAAGAGCCAAAACACUCUCAAACAUGGUGCAGUCUGAACAUGAGUACGGAAGAAGUCCGUAACACAUCAAUCGCAGCAGGGCAAGGCUUGAGCCAAACCGGACGCACUCGGAGAAAGACGACGAUGAGGAGUGGAGCGGGAGGGGACUAUGG